CUGGAAGCGCCCCGGCGCCGCUGUUGAGCUUCCUGCAGCGGCGGCCACCAGAGCCAGUGCCGUGGCGGGGGCGGAGAGCGGCCACGGCGACGGCGCCUCCCUGAGUGGCCUGCGGCGCCCAGCCCCGCACAAAAGAUAUCAAGUUGUGCUAGUUCAACUAUAUAAAUAAUUAAUACCUGAAGUCUCAAUGUAAAAUGGACUUUAACAGUGAUGACAGAUAAAUGCAGACGCUUGGAAAUCAAACACUAGGUGAAACACUUAAAAGAAAGUGUAUUAGGUUUUUCAGAAGCCUAAUCUGCCUAACCAUCUGCAUGACCCUGUUUAUCUUAAUACUGGUAGGACUUAGCUAAAGGAAUUUAGGAAGUUCUAGUAUUCUCCAUGGCUGAAGCUGAGAGUCUGAAACCCUGAUGCUUAAGCUCUAUUCUAGAUCAUAGCUUCAACUCCUUCAGGAUAUAAGGAAAAGAGAUAAUAUUUCCACAAUGAUAGAUCUUUGGUUGUACAGGUUUCCCAAUGAGUGGAUCAUGAUGACCGUAUUGUAGGGACUUGCCAUAGUAUGGCUGCUUCCCGAUCUACUCGUGUUACAAGAUCAACAGUGGGGUUAAACGGCUUGGAUGAAUCUUUUUGUGGUAGAACUUUAAGGAAUCGUAGCAUUGCUCAUCCUGAAGAAAUCUCUUCUCAUUCUCAAGUACGAUCAAGAUCACCAAAGAAGAGACCAGAGCCUGUGCAAAUUCAGAAAGGAAAUAAUAAUGGAAGAACUACUGAUAUAAAACAGCAGAGUGCUCGAGAGUCAUGGGUAAGCCCUAGGAAAAGAGGACUUCCUUCUUCAGAAAAAGAUAACAUAGAAAGGCAGGCUGUAGAAAAUUGUGAGAGAAGGCAAACAGAACCUGUUUCACCAGUUUUAAAAAGAAUUAAGCGUUGCCUUAGAUCUGAAGCACCAAACAGUUCAGAAGAAGAUUCACCUAUAAAAUCAGACAAGGAGUCAGUAGAACAGAGGAGUACAGUAGUGGACAAUGAUGCAGAUUUUCAAGGGACUAAACGAGCUUGUCGAUGUCUUAUACUGGAUGAUUGUGAGAAAAGGGAAAUUAAAAAGGUGAAUGUAAGUGAGGAAGGGCCACUUGAUUCUACAGUAGUUGAAGAAAUCACAGGCUAUUUGGCUGUCAAUGGUGUUGAUGACAGUGAUUCAGCUGUUAUAAACUGUGAUGACUGUCAGCCUGACGGGAACACUAAACAAAAUAGCACUGGUUCCUAUGUGUUGCAGGAGAAAUCAGUAGCUGAAAAUGGGGAUUCGGAUACCCACGCUUCAAUGUUCCUUGAUAGUAGGAAGGAAGACGGUUAUAUAAACCAUAACGUGCCUUGCACAGAUUCAGAAGUGCAGGUCAAGUUGGAGGACCACAAAGUAGUAACUGCCUGCCUGCCGGUGGAACAUGUUAAUCAGCUGACUACUGAGCCAGCUACAGGCCCCUUUUCUGAAAUUCAUUCAUCUUUAAGGGAUUCUGAGGAGGAAGUAGAUGUGGUGGGAGAUAGCAGUGCCUCAAAGGAGCAGUGUAAUGAGAGCACCAAUAAUGCCCUGGACACAAGUCUUGAGAGUAUGCCAGUCUCCGGAGAACCAGAACCAUCUUCUGUUCUAGACUGUGUUUCGACUCAAAUGAUGUCUUUAUCAGAACCUCAAGAACAUCGGUAUACUCUGAGAACUUCACCACGGAGGGCAGCCCCUACCAGAGGUAGUCCCACUAAAAACAAUUCUCCUUGCAGAGAAAAUGGACAAUUUGAGGAGAAUAAUCUCAAUCCCAGUGAAACAAAUGCAACUGCUAGUGAUAAUAUAAGUGAGUCUCUCACAAAUCCUGGUGAAGUUUCUCACAGUGAAAAAGGCAUAUGUUGUGACUCUGAAAAUUAUGGGAGUGAAGGACUAAGUAAGCCAUCCUCAGAGGCAAGACUCAAUGUUGGACAUCUGCCAUCUGCCAAAGAGAGUGCCAAUCCGCACAUUACAGAAGAGGAAGAUGAUGAUCCUGAUGUUUAUUACUUUGAAUCAGAUCAUGUGGCACUGAAACACAACAAAGAUUAUCAGAGACUGUUACAGACAAUUGCUGUACUCGAAGCCCAGCGUUCUCAAGCAGUCCAGGACCUUGAAAGUUUAGGCAGACAUCAGAGAGAAGCACUAAAAAAUCCCAUUGGAUUUGUGGAAAAACUCCAGAAGAAGGCUGAUAUAGGGCUUCCAUAUCCGCAGAGAGUUGUUCAGUUGCCUGAGAUUGUAUGGGACCAAUAUACCAAUAGCCUUGGAAACUUUGAAAGAGAAUUUAAAAAUCGUAAAAGGCAUACUAGGAGAGUUAAGCUAGUUUUUGAUAAAGUAGGUUUACCUGCUAGACCAAAAAGUCCUUUAGAUCCUAGGAAGGAUGGAGAGUCCCUUUCAUACUCUAUGUUGCCUUUGAGUGAUGGUCCAGAAGGCUCAAACAGUCGUCCUCAGAUGAUAAGAGGACGUCUGUGUGAUGAUACCAAACCUGAAACAUUUAACCAAUUGUGGACUGUUGAAGAACAGAAAAAGCUUGAACAGCUACUCCUGAAAUACCCUCCUGAAGAAGUAGAAUCUCGACGCUGGCAGAAGAUAGCGGAUGAACUGGGCAACAGGACAGCAAAACAGGUUGCCAGCCGAGUGCAGAAGUAUUUCAUAAAACUAACUAAAGCUGGGAUUCCAGUCCCAGGCAGAACACCAAACUUAUACAUAUACUCCAAAAAGUCUUCAACAAGCAGACGGCAACACCCCCUUAAUAAGCAUCUCUUUAAACCUUCCACUUUCAUGACUUCCCAUGAACCACCAGUGUAUAUGGAUGAAGAUGAUGACCGAUCCUGUUUUCAUAGCCAUAUGAACACUGCUGUUGAGGAGGCAUCAGAUGAAGAAAGUAUUCCUGUCACGUAUAGGAAUUUACCUGAAUAUAAGGAACUAUUACAGUUUAAAAAGUUAAAAAAACAAAAACUUCAGCAAAUGCAAGCUGAAAGUGGAUUUGUGCAGCAUGUAGGAUUCAAGUGUGAUAACUGUGGCAUAGAACCUAUCCAGGGUGUUCGGUGGCAUUGCCAGGAUUGUCCUCCAGAAAUGUCUUUGGAUUUCUGUGAUUCUUGUUCAGACUGCCUUCAUGAAACAGACAUUCACAAGGAAGAUCACCAACUAGAACCUGUUUAUCGGUCAGAGACAUUCUUAGACAGAGACUACUGUGUGUCCCAGGGCACCAGUUAUAAUUACCUUGACCCAAACUACUUUCCAGCAAACAGAUGACAUGGAAGAGAACAUCAUACACUAGUCCUCUUCAACACAUAGCAAUGGUAUCAUUGUGAAUUAUGUGCACAGUUUGGAAAGAUUCUCUGCUUUCCCUGAAAUGACACUCACAGCAUGACAGCUUCCUGAGUGUUCUCGUCAAGUCCAGCUCUGCACCGUUGUGGCUCUAGAUCACUGUUCAGCAGCUGAACAUUCCUGGUGAGCGAAGGGUUUCCCUGGUGAAAUUCUCACCACCACCUUAAAGCCUUUUAGGUGGUGAUCUUAAAUGGGGGAGAUGGAAACGAGAGCACAUAUUAAAGAGAGAGUAAAUUCCAAAGGUUUCAAAGAACUUGGUCAUAAAUAUGCUAAUGAGAAGACAAAGUAUUUAUAUUAAAACAGUUUAGUAGCUUUCAGUUUUGUGAAAAUAGUUUCCAGCACAGAAACUGACUUCUUUAGACAAAGUUUUAACCAAUGAUGGUGUUUGCAUCUAGGAUAUAUACACUUUAAAAGAACUCACUGUCCCAGUGGUGGCCCCUGAUGGCCGUUAGUAAAUUGGAGCUGCUUAACCAUAUUGAUGUCUAAUUUCUUUUAACCAGAAUGAACUGUCCUUAUUACCAACAGUGAAGCACUACAGGAGGCAGCUGUGGCAUUGCUUCCUUAACCAGCUCAUGGUGUGUGAAUGUUAUAAAAUUGUCACUCAGAUAUAUUUUUUAAAUGUAAUGUUAUAUAAGAUGAUCAUGUGAUGUGUACAAACUAUGGUGAAAAGUGCCAGUGGUAGUAACUGUGUAAAGUCUCUAAUUCACAAUAUUAAUUUCUUUAAAAUACACAGCCUUCUGCCUCUGUAUUUGGAGUUGUCAGUGCAACUCAUUGAAGAAAACUGCCUAAUAUAAAAAUCAUAUAUAUGAUAAUAAUUUCCCUCUUUUGUAGUCUGCACAAGAUCCAUAAAAGAUUGUAUUUUUAUUACUAUUUAAACAAGUGAUUAAAUUUAGUCUGUGCAGUGAGCAAGAGUUCACAUGCAUUCUUUUAUACUGCUGGAUUUUGUUGUGCAUCAUUUAAAACAUUUUGUAUGUUUCUUCUUAUCUGUGUAUACAGUAUGUUCUUGAAUAAUGUUCAUUUGUCAGGAGAACUGUGAGAAAUAAACUAUGUGGAUACUGUCUGUUUAUAUUAUA